GGCGCAGUAAGAAUAAUGGGUGUGGGACCAGCUGUCCUAAUGUCAGCCAACACUGAGACUUUGCCCUGUCCUGGGCACUGUGCUAGCUGUCCUCUGAGGUUGAUUUUGCACAUAUCGCUGUUUCACAGGAAUCUGACGACUCUCCCAGCUCUUUGGAGUAUUAUAUAACACUACAUCAUGAGUGACAGUAAAUGUGAUAGUCAGUUUUACAGUGUGCAAGUGGCAGACUCAACUUUCACUGUCCUGAAACGUUACCAGCAGUUGAAACCUAUUGGCUCUGGAGCCCAAGGAAUUGUGUGUGCUGCUUUUGAUACAGUUCUUGGGAUAAAUGUUGCAGUCAAGAAACUAAGCCGUCCUUUUCAGAAUCAAACUCAUGCAAAGAGAGCUUAUCGUGAACUCGUCCUCUUAAAAUGUGUCAAUCAUAAAAAUAUAAUUAGUUUGUUAAAUGUGUUUACACCACAAAAAACUCUUGAAGAAUUUCAAGAUGUGUAUUUGGUGAUGGAAUUAAUGGAUGCUAACUUAUGUCAGGUUAUUCAUAUGGAGUUGGACCAUGAAAGAAUGUCCUACCUUCUUUACCAGAUGCUCUGUGGUAUUAAACAUCUGCAUUCAGCUGGUAUAAUUCAUAGAGAUUUGAAACCUAGCAACAUCGUAGUGAAAUCAGACUGCACCCUUAAGAUCCUUGACUUCGGCCUGGCCCGGACAGCAUGCACCAACUUUAUGAUGACCCCCUAUGUGGUAACGCGGUAUUAUCGGGCACCAGAAGUCAUCCUGGGCAUGGGCUACAAGGAGAACGUGGACAUCUGGUCUGUCGGGUGCAUCAUGGCAGAAAUGGUCCUCCAUAAAGUCCUGUUCCCAGGAAGAGACUAUAUUGAUCAGUGGAAUAAAGUUAUUGAGCAGCUGGGAACACCGUCCGCAGAUUUCAUGAAGAAACUUCAGCCAACUGUGAGGAAUUACGUAGAAAACAGACCCAAGUAUCCUGGAAUCAAAUUUGAAGAACUCUUUCCAGAUUGGAUAUUCCCAUCAGAAUCGGAACGAGACAAAAUAAAAACAAGUCAAGCCAGAGACUUGUUAUCAAAGAUGUUAGUGAUCGACCCCGACAGGCGGAUCUCUGUGGACGAGGCCCUGCGUCACCCCUACAUCACGGUUUGGUAUGACCCUGCAGAGGCAGAGGCGCCACCACCUCAAAUUUAUGAUGCCCAGUUGGAAGAAAGAGAACAUGCAAUUGAAGAAUGGAAAGAGCUAAUUUAUAAAGAAGUAAUGGAUUGGGAAGAAAGGAGCAAGAAUGGUGUUGUGAAAGAUCAGCCUUCAGAUGCAGCAGUAAGCAGCAACGCCACUCCUUCUCGGUCAUCAUCUAUCAAUGACAUUUCAUCCAUGUCUACUGAGCAGACCCUGGCCUCAGACACAGACAGCAGUCUCGACGCCUCAACCGGGCCCCUUGAAGGUUGUCGAUGAUAAGUUAGAAACAGCAAGCAUGUCGCCAUUGAAGGAACUCUCACUUCCAUAGGCCUGAAAUGCUUGGGAGUUGAUGGAACCAAACAGAAAAACUCCAUGUUCUGCAUGUAAGAAACACGAUUCCUUGCCCUUGCUCAGUUCUCAUAGGAUUGUCUGCUUAGACUAUAAAGUGAAGCAGGUUAUGUCUGAAUAAGAAAAGUGCAAGCCACACUGUUAGAGAUUUUUUUCAACGCCAUUUCAGGUGAGCAACUAGGAUAGAUGAAUUUUUUAAAAAGUUGUACGGUAAUAGUAGUGACAAUUUCUCAUCCUCAGUAACUGUUGGGACUUACAUGCAUGUGGCCACAAGUGUGUCCUUGGACUCACCAUCUAGCAUUUUGGAAAUCAGUAUUUAAAUGCCAAAUAAUCUUCCAAGUAGUGCUGCUUCUAGACUUAUCUCGUAAUCCUAAGUAAUUUGAUAUCUGUCCAGAAAAAUAGAUUUAUGUGUAUUAAUUGACCACAUCAUAUUAUCAUAUCUUACCUUCUUUUAUGGUAUGAUUUAUUCUAUCUUUUGUAUUUCAGAAGGAGUAUAAUUAAAUCUAUUUAAUAAACAAAAUAUAUAACUUUC